AUGUCAGAUGACAAGACAGAUGAAGGCUACAAUGAAUUUAUUGAAGAAUAUGGAUCGAGAUAUGAAUGGGAUAAUGAAGGGAAUCCUGAAUUUAUACCAGAUCUGCCCGGCAUAAGAAAUCCAGCAUCAUUAUUCCAUGUAUUCAUACAAUCUAAUGCUUUUUACCUCCCACAAAUUUUAAGCCUAAUAGAAUUACCGUAUAGUGCCAAGGAACUUCGAUGGGAAAUAUGGCCGGAUGGUAAAGAUACAGAUGAGAUCAAGGUAGAAAAUAAUGCAGAUGAGGUUGAUAAGUUCUGGUGUGGGUUAUUGCUUCAAGAUGAAGACUCAAUAGUGGAUUAUUACUCGAAGAUAAAGAGAUGUAACGAUGUUAUCAAGCUCUGUAAAAAUCAUCUUAGAGAAUUAUUCCAUAAAGGAUUAUCAUCAGAAAGUCAAAGGUAUAUCGCAAGAUUUGGAUGUUAUUAUAAUCACGAUCUUGAUCCUGAUAAAAUGGUAGAAAUGCUUAUUCAAGCUGAAAAGGAAAAUGUGCCCGAUCUAAUUACCGCAUUUAGUGAUUAUCUUAGUCAGCAAGAUAUAAAGCAUGUAGGAGUAUGUGGAAGUUCAGCCAACUUUUCGCAAAAAAUUUUAAGGUGCGAAAUUCGCUACACAAUGAUCGAUAACAAUGAUAGGGAUGGUAUUGAUAUCACUCUCAAUUGUCUUAUCGUUCCCAUAGGGAACCUCUUUGAUCUUUCAAGCAACCAAGUAGCUCAAGCAAUUACAAUCAACACAGGUCAAACGGUUGGCAGACUUGAAAUUGCAAUUCGUAAUCAGUUAAGCCAGUUAGGCCUGUUGGAGGUACAAUUUUCUAAUCUUUCUCUAAGUAUUCAUCAGAUCCAUCCCGGAACAGUUAGCGAAAGACCAAUGAACUCUCAAGCCUAUAUUUCUGAUUUUUUUAAUAAUCAAUUUCAACCUCGAGCGGGUCACUUCCAUGUCACCGUAUAUUUUCCAUAA